UUGGUUGCAUGGAUUUAGUAAAUUCAUACUACCGAAGAAUACAUUUUCACACAAAAUAGCGAAGUAAGGUAACAUGCGCCACCUCCGAAGAACAUUUGUCUUGACUGCCUGCUUACUGAUAUAUGUAAUGGUUUACAAAUUCAAACAACCGUCGAAACCUUCUGUGGAUAUAGAAAAUCUUCCAGUUAGACCUCUUAAAGCAUUCAUUUCUUCUUCCUAUUAUUAUCCAACUUCAAAAAGUUUAGGUGAUAACGCUGUGGCUCUACUAAUGAGUAUCAACUUACUCCCAACUUCGGACUAUAACCCACCCGACUUCAAAGAAAUUGUAAUUUAUGCAGAAAAUUCAACGUCAAGUAUAAUUGUGAGAACUCCACAUCAUAAAGUUACAUACAAUGAUCAGUGCCAAAUAAUUACAAUAUUCGCGACAGCCCAGUUGAUUCCAAAUGUUGGAAAAAUUGAAAUGGUUUCAGAUGAUGGAAGGACGGAGAUUCCAUUCACAAAGCCAUCUUAUAUAAACCGAGAUGUAGUGGUUUGUAUUGCUCCGUUGUUUGUCAGUGAGCAAUGGCAAAACUUUUUAUUCGCUGUUCACAUUUACAAAAAAUAUGGUGCUUUUGUCAAUUUAUAUCUUAUUAGUGCCGUGAACACAUUUUACAAUCUUAUGAAAGAGUAUGAAGGAGAUGGAUAUCUCUCAGUACAACCGUGGGCCUCAGUGAAGUUCCAUGGAAUUUCCAAAAAAAUUGCGGAUACUCAUAAUCAAAUUGAAUUGAGAAGUCAAGUAGCUGCUCAAUCAGAUUGCCUGUUACAAUAUAAGGAAGCCGCCCGCUUCAUUACUUUUUUGGAUUUAGAUGAUAUACUGAUUCCACGAUUAGCUCCAACAUAUGCGGAAGAAUUCCAGAAAUUAUUCGAUAAAAAUGAGCAAAUAUCAUACCUUUUUUAUCAGAAGGAAAACUAUAAUGCAGUCGUUACAAGAUAUGGUGUCAGGUUUUCGCUUAAAAACAUGUUUGGCAGUAUGACUUACAAGCAUUUUAGGGAAACCGGUAAAAGUGUGGUUGAUCCAUUGCGUGUCAAUUUCACAUCUCUGCAUUUUCCACCACAAACUCCCAAAACAGAGAAAUACAUUGUGUCUGAGAAUGUGAUCACUCAUCUUAAAACAAUCGACUGGGUUGACAAAACUGAGGAUCCCGACGAGAAAGAACUCAUUGAGCCCUUUUAUUAUGACAAUUCUUCAGCAAUUAUCCCUAAAAAAGACAUUAUGGAUCUUGAAGAUGAUCUUCGCAAAAUGAUGACAAGGCUGCAAAAAACUAGAAUGUUCUCAAAACUUCCCCGAAUUCGCUACUACUCGGAUCUUGUGCUCAAAUGUUAUAACGAAAAAUAUUACGAUUUGUACUAUAGCAAUCGUAAAUCAGAGAUUACGUGCCCUGGUCCACAGUUUUGCGAUUUCACACAACAAGUAAACAUCAAAUGUGUGCGAGUCAAUGCCACAUACAGUUCGAUGAAAAAAUUGAUGCCUGUCACGUAUUAUUAUGCAACAGAUCCUUAUUUUUCUGAUGAAAUGGGAUGCUAUGCACAUUGACUAGAUUUUUUCUAAUUGCACUUGGUAAAAAUUGGAUAUGAAUUUUAAUUUAUAGCUUCCCGGUCUCCUAAAAUAAAAUCGUGAAAAUUUA